UCAAGAAACCGAAUGUCUGUCAAAAUAUAAUUUCGGCGUUGAUGAGACCUUUCGGCCAAUUCUUUCAAGAAUUAAUCAACAUAUAAAUUAUCAAGGAUAUACGAUCCGUCGAUGCUACAAGCAAUUUGACGUCCAAAAUAUUGGGAAAGUUUCAGAAAGCCAGUUCUAUCGGGCAUUUCCUGGUCCAAAGGACAUCACUGAAGCCGAACUUUGUGCAAUUGCCAAACGUUAUUCUGUUCCAAACGACCCGGGAAUGGUUGAUUACCUUAGGCUGGAACAAGAUUUGCGAGAUCUUGCGCAAGCGGAACUAAAAUCAAAAGAGGGAUACCCACCAAAAGUGCACGUGACAACUUUUCUUCAGCCCGACGAACCAGACAUCCAUAUUAAUACGAAAGCUGAACUACUGGUGCCAUCAGUGCACAUGGUGCUGGAGAGGAUCGGGUUCGCUGUUCACACGCGUGGAAUUCGCCUUCUGGAUCACUUCCUCGACUACGAUCCCCUGCGACACGACGAAGUCUCUGAGCACCAAUUUGCCUGCGUUCUCAACCUAGCUCUGAGUGAGGCCGCUCAGCUCUCCCGUUUCGACAUUCAACAGUUGGCCAAUUUCUUCCGUUCAGGCAAGAAUUCGGACAAGAUAGCCUACAGAGAGUUCUGCCGUGCGGCCGAUUUUCGUAACUAUGGCCUACUCCGGGCCUCCCGUAUUCUUGAUUUAGCCUUUCACACCAUGGACCUGGAGAAGAAGCCACUGUGCAAACCGGAGAUGCCACCACACGGAGCCCUCUCACGUGUAAGACAUUUAACUAUGGAUAUCUUUUAUAAGGUUAACGAUGUCUUUAAGUUACUUUUUACCAACAACACACGAUUUCAUGAUUCUGAAGGGUCGAAGAUAAGCGAGGCCCAUGUAAUUGAAUAG